CCAUUUUGAGUUAUCCGGUCGUAAAAUUGUGGGCACAAUUGAUUUCAUCCGGUUCGGAAUUGUUUUCAUUGGUUCGAUUUACUCAACACUGUUAGGAUAUGCUAGAGUCUUAACCGAGUAAACGCUAUUUGAAGUCAGAGUAAAGGCAGUUAAGUUCCUACGCACUUUCAUCAAUCGAAAUGGAAUCGGAUGAUAGGCGACAUUUGGAUGUUUCUCCCACCUUGAAAGCAAAAUUGUUGGAGCUUUUAGAGUCGAAAAAACUUCCUUUGGAGGAACUAGCCCAAGCCUUGUACAUUCAUGAUACCUCCCCUUAUGCAACAGUUGCUGAUCUUGUUAACCAGUAUGAAAGCAGAAAUCAAGCACUGACAUUAGAAAAAUGGAAGUUCAUUUUUAAGAAGCUGCAUUUGUCCAAGGAACUUGAAGAUCUUUUGGCUGUGGAUCAGAGUGUAAUGAUGAUUAAUCCAACAGCUGUGGGUGAAGUAAACUGCAGUGGGUCACUACCAGCAGAGAAGUCUCUGCAAGGAACUCAACCUAGUCAGGACUUAGUUGAACCAAGAGGUGUUCCUUUACAAGAUAAGCCUUUUCUUUGUGUGAAUGAUCCUUCCUUAAAAUUGCCAGUAGUUAACCCAAGGGCAAGAGAAGGAGCCAUCCCAAAAACUAAACAGCCUCAGCCUCCACCCAGCACUGUUAAGCCUGAUGUUGGGGAGAAAAUGUUGAUUGGUGCACCUGGAAGUCAGUCAGAUUUAAAUCUACCCUCCAUACCAGGGGGAGAUUUUGGUGAUAAAUGUCCUCAAUCCUGGAGUCUCCACUCUCCAGAGUCAAUUGAAAGUGCUGAGUGGAAUGCUGCUGAUUGUUCAAUUCUUUGUGAUUCUUCAGUACAAAAUGAAAGUCAAGAUACCGGGUUCUUCUCAGGAGAAGGUAACUCUUGCACCCAGACAACAUCAUCAUCAUCCACUGCUCUAUUGUACACACCUGCCACAGGGAAUGAAGAAUAUCAGGACCAAAAUGGUGCCUCUACUGUUAUACCUGAGCCGGGAGAAGCUAAACAUGGGAUUCAAUUGCUGCCAAGCCUCUCAGAGGAUUCCCAAAUGCAGCCUGGUCAUUCAAGAACCCCAGCUAUACUCACUACUCCUGAAAGAGCACAAUCCAAGCACAGUCCUUCUACUCCAGAUUCUUCAUUAACAAACAUAGAGAAUGACUUAAGAGCAAGGGAAUACCAAGGAGCCAUUCCAAAAAGGAACUGGUGUCAGCCCUCACACAGCACUGUUACGCAUGAUGUUAGGCAGGAUAGUGAGUCAAAUUUAAAUCUACCCUCCAUACAAGCAGGAGAUUUUAAGGGCAAUUGUCCUCAAUCUAGUUCCCCUCCUCCAGAAUUGAUUGAAAUUGCUGCAAGAAAUUCUGCUGGUUGUGAAAUCUUUUGUGAUUCCUUGUUACGAAAUGAAAAUCAAGAUACUGAGUCCUCCUCAGAAGAAGGCAACUCCCUCUCCCAGAUGACAUCAUUAUCCACUACUCGAAUGGAUGCACCUGCCUCAGGGCAUGAAGGUAUUCAGCACCAAAACAGUGCAUCUGCCACUAUACCUGAAGGUGGAAAAACUAAACAUCAGAUCACCAAAAGGCAGCUAGAUCACUGCAAAAUAACACCAGCCAGACCCAACACUCCAGAAGGAGCACAACCUGGUAGAAACUCCCUCUCACUAGUGACUGGACGUCAUAACAACAGGCUAAACCAGACUGGUGAAGAAGAUGACAGAGCUGUAGAACAUUAUGAUGCCACAGAAAAUAAUGGUCUACUGGAAGAAACAAAACAGGAAUUAGAAUCCUCAAAGAAAAGUGUCCUGUAUUUAGUAAAGAACUUAAGAGAAAAGGAGUCAUUUUGCCAAACUCUCAAGGCAGAUCUGUUCCAGUCAAGGCAAACUUUGGAGGAAUCCAGACAGCAGUGUGCCAAUUUAAGGAUUUCUAGAGAUAAUUUACAGGCAGAAAAUGAAGAGCUGAGGAGAAGUUUGGAGGAACAGCAGUGUUUGUCAAAUAGGAUACUUGAGGACAAUCGCAGGUUUGGGUUAUUACAGGCUAGGCAAGCAGGUGAUGUUGCUUUUGAAGGAAGCAGUGCAGCUGUAGGAGAGGGCAAUGCAUCAGAUUGUAGCGAGGUUGAACCAGAAGCUGAUGAGCAGCCAGGUCCAUUUCCUUAUCUCCAAGAGUCAGACUCUGAAGAUUCCAAUGAGGAAGUGUUCCAUGACGCACAAGAAGAUUGAUUCCAAUUAAGGCAACGUGGGAUACACACUGUUUUCUUCAGACGGUGGUUUAUUGGUUAAAGAAAUUAGUGAAUCUACCUGUUGGUUUUCAUUUGUGUUGCAAACCUUUAAUACUAGUUGCAUACCUGCGUGUAGGCAGGUGCUCGUUAUGGUAAAAGUAUGCACAGUUUUCUCACUCUUUUCAAAUGAAAAUUUAUUGUGGAUAUGAAAUUAUCUGUGUGAAAGGCAUACGAAAUAUGUUUUCUCCUUCACACAACACUUUUUCAUGCUUUUCAACCAGUUCAUGAAGUCUUCAUUUGUAAACCUGUACUCGCGCUUGCGUUUUAGAGCCUCGACAGCAGUGAGCGACUAAAUACGAACAAACACGUAGGUUAACCCUCUACGGAGUGCUUGAGUAACAAGUACUAUAAGUUUUGGCUAAUAUGUAUUUAAUACACUGUCCAAUAGCUGCUGAAAUGUCAAGUGAUUUCUUGUACAUAGUCUGAGAUCAAUUUAUUGUAUUUAGACGUUUUUAAUGAUGAUAAAUACUAUGUUUUCCAAUAUUCUUAAUGAGUUCAGAUGUCCAGAUUCUAAGAGGAACGAAAAAAUAUAGUGUUUCCUGAUUUGGAGACAUCAAUAUUGACUUGUAAUUUGGCGAUUUCGCAAAUGAAUUGAAAUACACAAGUAGCUCUUAAAAAAAUACCAUCUGUAACGCUGCGGUUCUUUAAUCUUCAGUCUUGAGAGGCAAGCUUGUUAUAUUGAUGGUAGUAUGUAAAUAUGCAUGAAAAAAAUCGAUUUUCCGUAAUAUAUACCAAGUGAGAUUUUAGAGAAAAAUACAGUUUAAAUUAAGACGUUUUUUGAUCGAUCAUUUAUGAUAUUGAGUAACUGAACGGUUAUAUGUAGAUAUAAUUAUGAUAGACAGUCGAGGGACACUAAGCCAAAAGUCGAUACUGGGUGAUAUAUACCUUUCGAGAUUUUAGAGAAAAACGCAGUUGACAUGAAAGCGUUCUCUAAUUACUUAUUUGUGGCAUAGAGUUAAUGAAUUGAUAUUUGUAGAUAUAUUUAUUAUAGACAGUCGAGGGACAUUAAGCCAAAAGCCAUUUUGAGAAUAUUUUGAUAGUAAUAUGUUGACUUAUUUAGAGAGAAAACGAUUCUAUUUUAAUGGAAAAAUUUUUCUAAUAUCACUUCAACUAUUUUUCUCAAAAUGUAGUGUCUUAAGCAAUCGACUGUAUAAAUUUUUUGCUCGAUUUAUCUUAUUUCCAGUAUGUAACAAUUGAUAAAUUAAGUGUCGAGAGUGAAAAUAUUUACUAAAGAAGGGUAG